GAUAGGGAGGAGGAGUUCUCUUCAGAGCUGACGUUCUUCUGAUAAAUAUGGUGAAAAUCAGAAAUACCUCCUCUGAUUUGCCACUGAAGUUGUUUGAUGAUUUCCUCUGUUGUGUCUAAUAAGGUAAUGAUGAACCUGAUUGGAAAGUUUUAGGGCUCUCCUCUUUAGGGGGCUGACAGUACCCAUGUUCUUCAGUGUAUUCGAGGGACAGAAAAGAAUCUUGUGCCACGCUCUGAGCUGAAGAAAUGGUGCGCGUCAAGCAGAAGACGACGAUGAGGAGUCUGAUGUUUCUAAUAAAACUCAUCACCAUCUUUCAUUGUUCUGCUGCACAAAAGGACAGUGGGUAUGUAAGGUUGGUUGGUGGUCACAGUCGCUGUGCUGGUAGAGUGGAGGUUCUUCAUAGAGGUCAGUGGCGAACAGUGUGUGAUGAUCUCUGGGAUAUGACUGAUGCUGCAGUGGUGUGUAGAGAACUGGACUGUGGAGAACCUGUAGAUGCUCUAAGUGACGCUCAUUUUGGACCAGGAUCAGGACCAAUCUGGAUGAGUUUUGUCACGUGUACUGGAUUAGAAUCUACACUGAAAAACUGUGGCUCAACAGGAUGGGGUAAAAGCAACUGUGAUCAUUCUGAAGAUGCUGGAGUCAUCUGCUCAGGAGUCAGGCUGGUUGGAGGUUCUCGCUGCUCUGGGAGGUUAGAGAUACUUGAUGAUCAGUCGUGGGUUUCAGUGUGUGCUGCUGCCUUUGACCAGCAGGAUGCAGAGGUUGUGUGUAGAGAGCUGGACUGUGGGGCUCCUGUACAGGUGCUGGGAGAAGAUGCUUUUGGCAAAGGAGACGCUCAGAUGUGGACACAAGAGAUUCAGUGCAGAGGAAAUGAGUCUCAGAUUCACCUCUGUCCAACAUCACCAUCACACCAAAACAACUGUUCUCAUGUUGGACUGUCAGUGUAAAUGUGAGGUUGGUUGGUGGUCACAGUCGCUGUGCUGGUAGAGUGGAGGUUCUUCAUAGAGGUCAGUGGGGAACAGUGUGUGGUGAUGAUUGGGAUAUGGUUGAUGCUGCAGUG